AUGUUUCAGGCAGUAUUAAUUGUCGCAGCCUGCGCAUGCGUCUCCUCCCAACGCGCUCCCACGACGACGCCAGUGCCCAUCCUCAAGCAGAUCAACAGACAGAACGACGACGGAUCUUACAGCUUUGGAUAUGAAGCAGCAGAUGGCUCCUUCAAGAUUGAAACAAAGUACCCAAACGGGGACGUCGCGGGCAAAUACGGUUAUGUUGAUGAGGGUGGAAAACUGAGGGAAGUGUCCUAUGGCGCUAGCAGUCAGCGAGGAUUUGAACCAGAAGGUUCUGGUAUAAUGGUGCCUCCACCAACCCUAAACGAUCCAUCAAGCCACAACGCGCUAACCGACGGCCAAGAAGACGACGGUCAAUACAGGGAAGACCCUAAAAUCUACGAAGACCCCAAAUACAAUGGACGCACUCAGUCCAGGCCUUCGUUUAGACAGUACCAGCGGCCUGUUGAAGCGCCUGCUCCGACCUUCCAGCAGACUGCCCAGCCUCAAUACCAGCAGAACUACCAAGAGCCCCAGUACCAAAACUACCAACCUCAAGCGAACUUCCAGUUCCAAUCUUCACCUCAGCGUUCCAAUCUUUUCUCCCAAGAGACAAACCUCGUAAACCAAUCGCCACAGACGUUCCCACAGAGCCAAGUUUUCCACCAGCAACCACAGUUCUCGUACCAGGCAUACACUCCCCAGCCCUAUCAAAACUAUCAAAGCCAGAACUACCAAAACCAGAAUUACAACCCGUUCUCGGGUCAUCCUGCUCAAAACUUCGACCCCAGCACUGGGUCUUACUCCAUCAAUUUUACUGGUUAA